AUGUUUCAGGGCUCGGUGUCUCUUAGAUCAACCACGAUAACUGCUGAUCGGGAAGAAGUCAAGCAGUAUCUGCAAAAUUUAAAGGAGGACUUGGAGAAGCUGAAGGACAUAGAAGAGCCAUAUGUUUUCGAAGGGGAAAAAUCACCAACCGUGAAGGAAUAUCUAGAGCAGCUGAAUAAUCAAGGCAAACCAAUAAAGCAUAGAAGACGUUCCAGAGAGCACAAAGUCUCUCGAUUUUACUAUAAGCUUCGAGAAAGCUUGAAGGGACCUUUUAGGAAAACAGAUCCACACCGCGAGAUAUCGCCCAAGGAAGCUCAAAAAGACGACGAUCUCGACCUUUAUCCUCCAUGCACCACGUUUGCCGAAGAAAUACAAGAAGAACCUGACCAAGGUAGAUUAGGCUCGCUAGAUCACAGAUUCAGCAGAAUUAGUCGCGCGAGUAGGAUAAGCGAGGAGUCCUUCCUACUUUCCCAACGAAGAUCCCUGUCACGUUACAGCUCUGUGAUCCGAUAUCCGUCUUCGGUUGUUGAGGUCUACAUUGGAGGCGAUUUAUUCGAUAAUCACAGUGACUUCAACUUCAACAGACAAUUUAGCUUUGCACGGCCCAGAUCCACAAACGGCAGCGACGACAAUUAUUCGAUGGCUUCGCUGGUGAUCCCGGGAUCUCAGACAGUGCCUAUCAGGCGAGAUUCCAUACCUGCUUUUAAUGCUUCGAGUCGUCGAAGCAGCAGACUUCACAGACAUCUCUCACGAACAUUGGCCGACAUUGAGCAAGGAUCGGGGUCCACAUCCAACGAGGAUGGGCAGCCAGAGCGGGAACACCCCAGAGAGACGCAUUCAACAGGUGUCUAUUCAUUGAUUUCAGACCCUACUUCUGGGCUUCGCGCGGAUAGACCAAUGGAACAUCCAAUGGAAGACGAGGGAUCGGCCCCACGUUCAACGCGCACGUUCAACUAUACGUCGGCUUUCACGGACGUCUCCUUGGGACAGCAUUCUCAAGAAGCGCUACAGUCUAGCAUUUAUUCUGACGACGAGGAUGACGAUGAUCAAGUUUCAUACUACUCGAUUCUGCAAUCUCCACCACAUUUCCAUCGUGAUGAUAGUGUACCGCCUCAUCUUUACGUUUAG